GUUUACGUGCGCCGGGCUCCAUAGUGAUCUUCCUCUGGUGGAGUAUGCGGCUGUCGAGUGUCGACGGUCGUUAAACUGCGUUCCCGGUGUUAAAGCUGUAACCGGAGCCUAGAUGCGCGGUCAGUUUCUAAAAUUGAAUUCGGUCAAUCGCGUCAGAGUGUGACAUCCUAGGCUGAGGUCGGGAAGCAGAGCAGCGGGAGGAAGCAGGACGUGUGGAAAAGGAGUCAGCGAACCACACACAGAGAGAGAAAAAGCCUACUUAAGCUAGGAGCCGCCCCCUUUCUCUGACAUGCCCAGUGUCCUGUCUGUGUUAUGGAACAACAUGUAACGCCCUGCGAGGAUGCGCCCCCACCGCUGAUGUACCGUGUGGAACGGCCUGUGUUCGAUGAGGCCUACCUUCACACCCAGCUCCUGCACCCGAGAGAGCGGAGCCCCAAGACCAUCAGACAGAGACUGGCACAGCAGUUCCACUGCUCAUCAGAGAGGGCCAAAGCCAUUGCUCUGAGCUUCCUGCCCAUUUUAACAUGGCUGCCGUCCUACCCUGUCAAAGAGUACCUGUUUGGGGACCUGGUCUCAGGCCUCAGCACAGGGGUCAUGCAGCUACCUCAAGGUCUUGCCUAUGCCAUGCUGGCUGCCGUGCCUCCUGUGUAUGGCCUGUACUCCUCCUUCUACCCUGUCCUGCUCUACACCUUCUUUGGGACUUCUAGACACAUAUCUAUAGGCACGUUUGCGGUGAUCAGCCUGAUGAUUGGAGGAGUGGUGGUGAGGGAGGCCCCUGACUCCAUGUUCACGAUUCAGGCCCUGAAUGGUACUGCCACCAACGCCACCGUCUUCAUCGACACAGAGGCCCGCGAUGCCAGGAGGGUCCACGUAGCCGUAGUCCUCACCACCCUGGUGGGAGUCAUACAGCUGGUCCUGGGGUUGUUGCGGUUUGGCUUUGUGGCCAUCUACCUCACGGAGCCCCUGGUACGCGGAUUCACCACGGCCGCGGCUGUUCACGUCUUCAUCUCUCAGCUUAAAUACCUGCUGGGCAUCCAGACCCCGCGCUUCAGUGGGCCCCUGUCCGCUCUUCACAGUGUCACGGCCGUGUUCAGUGACAUCACCAGCACCAACGUGACCACGUUGAUUGUGGGCGGGGUCUGCAUGGUGGUCCUCUACUGCGUGAAGGAUCUCAACGAGCGCUUCAAGAAGAAGCUGCCUGUGCCCAUCCCUGGAGAGAUCAUUGUGGUCAUGGUCUCAACGGGGAUCUCCUAUGGCCUCAGUCUGUCAGAGAACUACCAAGUGGACGUGGUCAGGACAAUUCCAUCCGGGCUGCUCCCACCUGCAAUCCCAGACUUCUCUCUGUUGCCCAACUUGGUAACGGAUUCUAUCGCCAUAGCGGUGGUGGGCUUCUCCAUGGGAAUCUCUCUGGCCAAGAUCUUUGCUCUGAAACACGGCUACAGUGUGGAUGGUAACCAGGAGCUGAUUGCCCUGGGCCUGUGUAACUUUGUCAGCUCUUUCUUCCACACCUUCGCCAUCACCUGUUCCAUGUCCCGCAGUCUGGUGCAGGAGAGCACCGGGGGCAAUACGCAGAUUGCAGGUCUGUUGGCGUCCAUGGUGGUGUUGCUGGUGGUGGUGGCCAUUGGUUUUGUCUUCCAGCCUCUGCCACAGACCGCGCUGGCUGCCAUCAUCAUGGUUAACCUGCUGGGGAUGUUUAAACAAUUCAGGGACAUCCCUGCCCUGUGGAGGACCAGCAAGAUCGAGUUGGCUAUCUGGCUGGUAGCCUUUGUGGCCUCUGUGCUGUUGGGCCUUGAUCUUGGACUUCUGGUGGCCUUAGGAUUUGCUAUCCUGAGUGUCAUCUACAGAACACAGAGCCCAAAGAGUGUGAUCCUGGGACAGGUCCUGGACACAGGCCUGUACUGUGACGUGGAUGAAUAUGAAAAAGCAGCUGAAUGCACAGGGAUUAAGAUUUUCCACUCAAACUCUUCAAUCUACUUUGCAAACAGUGACCUUUAUUUGAACGCCCUCAAAGAGAAGACAGGAGUGGACCCCGUACAUCUCCAGGCUCUACGGAAAGCCCGAAAAAGAAAACUGAAGAAGGAGAGCGCAGAGAGGGAGAGCCAAAACCACAAGUCACCACAAAAAAUGAGUGCUGUCGUCAAACUGGAUGUGGAGCUGGGCGUCACUCACGAAGUGGUGUCAGGGGGCGGCUCCCAGAACCACUUGGAGAUGCAGGGGAACGGGCUGGUGGCCGAGACCCACACAGAGUCAGACUCUGAGGAGACCCGGUUCCUAGAGCCCCUCUGUCCUGUCCACACCCUCAUUCUGGACUGGACCCCCGUCAACUUCAUCGAUUCUGUGGGAGCCAAAGCAAUCAAGUUGGUGAUCAAGGAGUAUGCAGCUGUGGAUGUGUGUGUCUUCAUCGCUGGCUGCAGCAGAACUCUGCUGGCUGAACUCCGCACCCUGCAGUUUUUCACUGGGGUCGCGACCCCAGAAAUGGUCUUCCCUACCGUCCAUGACGCCGUAUUGCACUGUCGGCGCCGGACUGCCCAGCCCACCAUCACUGCCAUCCAAUGACAUUGUCUGACUGGGGACAUCAAGGGGGAGGGGACACAAGGCCACAUGCACCUAAGGCUGCUCUAAAGCCACGUUCACAUUGGCAGUUUGAAGUGACUCAAACCCUUUAUUAUAUAUACACUGCUCAAAAAAAUAAAGGGAACACUUAAACAACACAAUGUAACUCUUAAGUCAAUCACACUUCUGUGAAAUCAAACUGUCCACUUAGGAAGCAACACUGAUUGACAAUAAAUUUCACAUGCUGUUGUGCAAAUGGAAUAGACAACAGGUGGAAAUUAUAGGCAAUUAGCAAGACACCCCCAAUAAAGGAGUGGUUCUGCAGGUGGUAACCACAGACCACUUCUCAGUUCCUAUGCUUCCUGGCUGAUGUUUUGGUCACUUUUGAAUGCUGGCGGUGCUUUCACUCUAGUGGUAGCAUGAGACAGAGUCUACAACCCACACAAGUGGCUCAGGUAGUGCAGCUUAUCCAGGAUGGCACAUCAAUGCGAGCUGUGGCAAGAAGGUUUGCUGUGUCUGUCAGCCGUAGUGUCCAGAGCAUGGAGGCGCUACCAGGAGACAGGCCAGUACAUCAGGAGACGUGGAGGAGGCCGUAGGAUGGCAACAACCCAGCAGCAGGACCACUACCUCCGCCUUUGUG